ACCUUAAGAAAAAAGUGAGAGACAGAAAGAGUGAGUGAAAGAAACGCGAGAGAGAGGCACAGAGGUUGGAAGGUAUCCGAGUUGCCGUCCUCCCGCAUCCGCAACCCGCACCCGCGCCCCGGCCGCGCCUCCGUCCCCAACCGGCCCACGUCUCAUCUCACCUGAGAUCCAAGCAUCCGAAUAAGCUCCUGCCAAAGGCGCAUUCCACGCAACACACACUCACACACCCACAAGUCAAGCUGUCAAUCUGUCAACCUUUUUCUAUCGCCGACUUUUUUUUCUUUCUUUCUGCUGUGCCUCUCAAGAUGGCCCAAGCCCCUCCUCCUCCCACCGUCAUCGCCCAAAAACAAUCCUUCCUCGCCACCCAGGCUCGUCUCCUCUCCCAACCCCUGCAGCCCUCUCGCUCCUGGCUCGCCGCCAACCAGGCCGCCGAGUCCCCCAUCACGGACCCCGUCGCCGAGCACGUCGCCGCCCGCCUCAACACGACUUUGCUGCAACACUCGCGACGCGCCUACUCACAUCAAGCGAGCCGUCACGUCGCCGAGCAGAUUGACGCUUUAUAUCUAUCCCAACUGUCAGCCGCGCAAAAUGACACCUCCGAUGGUCUUUCUCUCUCCUUGGACCUGUCUGAAGAGGCUGCCGUCAGGUCGCUUCCCUUGGCAUGGCCAGCCGAGCGUGAUGCGACUACAUUUCCUACGGAAGUCAAAAGGUAUGCUGAACUCGCUGGUCGCUUGAAGGCGCUCGCCGAGCAGAGACAGCAGGCCAAAGCCCGUGUUGAGCGGCUACGGCGCAUGAAGGCCCUACUUGACCCCUUUCGCACCGAAGAUGCCGGCGCGGGUGUGCAGGAGAACCUCGUCACCCGCGAUGGCGAGGUUGAAAAGGAGAUGGAGAAGAUGCGCGUCCUGCUGGCCCGUGUAGGUGGUCGUGUAGGCCUUUUGCCCGAGUCCGCCGAAUCUGCAAGCCUGUUCAGAGAUGGCGACUCAUUGAUCGUAGAGCCUGUCGCUACAGGAGAGAAACGCAAACUUGACCAUCUUCUCGGCAGCUUCUGACGGGCCGCCCAGAGAGUUCCGAGGUGAGAUCGAGAGAGUAUGUUUGGGAAAGCAAUGGUAGCCUAGGCAAAGGAGUUUUGUACUCAAAUUGUGUAGUGGCGUUAGGUUCUAGGUUCUAAGGAUACCCCCGGAUUUAUAAAAUCAAAAAAACU